AUGGAUAUUCUCAAGGCUGAAAUUGCUGCGAAACGCAAAGCGGGAGAGGGGGACAAUGGCCGGCCAAAGAAGUAUAUGCGAAAAGGAGAUAUUGAGCGGAUGAGGUUGGAGGAAGAGCAGAGGGCCAAGGAAGAGAAGGAGAGACUUGCGAGGGAACAGGAAGAGCAGGCGAGACAAGCAAAGGCAGCAGCGGCAGCGGCGAAGGAAGCUGCUCAACGCAACGAUGUGCAGCGCGGUGUUUCGCGGUCAACAUCAUCCCCUCUGCCUGACGAAGCCGGCGCAGAGCGCGCCGCUUUCAAUAUCUCCAUCGAGGAAACGAUCCGACGUCUACGCGCCAAGGGACAACCUGUUCGGCUUUUCGGAGAAACAGACAAAGACCGUCGCCUACGCUUGCGCGCGCUGGAACUAAUUGAGGAGCGUGGACACGACAAGGCGGCUGGCCAGAAUGAUUUCAGGAAAGCGCUCGAGGACGUGGAGAGCGCUGAACGGGAGAAGAAGGCUGGCGCUGUACCUGUUCAGGACAAGAAGAAGCGUGCCGACGCGGAGACGACGGACAUAGAUCUGAAUAUGGUCAAAACAGACCCAGAAAAACUCUAUCCCUUGAUUUACUACGCUCUCAAGCGGGUCCUCAAAGAAUGGGAAGAAAGUUUGGCUGAUCGACCUGAGAGCGUCAAGCGAACUCAACAAGGAAAGCUCGCUGCCGCGACUCAGGUUCAGUCCGCUGAAUACUUGAAGCCAUUAUUCAAGCUCCUCCGAGCCAGGAACCUGCCUCCUGACGUGCUCGGACGCAUCGCCGAGAUUGUCUAUUAUAUGCAACAACGCCAGUAUCAAAGGGCAAACGACUCAUACCUACGUCUAUCGAUCGGCAACGCGCCAUGGCCUAUUGGCGUGACCAUGGUCGGCAUCCAUGAGCGUUCUGCUCGCGAGAAGAUCUCGACAGACCAAGUGGCGCACGUAUUGAAUGACGAAGUCAGCCGGAAGUACAUCCAGAGUCUAAAGCGGCUCCUCACAUUUUCACAGACGAAGUAUCCACCGGAAGACGUCUCGCAGCUCAUGGGAUGA